AGCAGGAGCGAGGGACCUGCUCACUGCCUCAGACUGAGAGCAUCCUUUUUCUUUGCUUUCUUACCAUCCUCACCAAAACACAGCGAGAUGACGGAAAAUCAUGAGCAUAGAAUAUCUCCACUCCCCGGUUUGCGGUAGAAAUAUCGUUACGGGUUAGCCGUUUAUGGCUAGCGUAAUGCUACACAACAUGAGGCUGUCUUUUCUGAUGAAGAACAGACAUUAUAGCCUGUCUCUGGAAACAAGAAGAAUAUAGUUCUCACUAGCAUAGCGAGCUGGGCUGAGCCUCGAGCUUUCAGUGUUUUCUUUUUUACAAACACGCCUGACAACAAAAUGCUCAUUGACAGUUUUAUUUUAAUUGUUUCUCUUCGGCUGAUGUGAAUGACAUCAGUGGGCUCCAGUAAAGAAGAUGCACAGAUAAAAGUGUCCUCUUGACAACAUUAAGGUGCCUGAAACGUUCCUGGUUCGAGACUUUCAGAAUCAGGAACGGUAUCUUGGAGAUCACCAACCAACAAACUCAGAAGAGGUCAUCUGGACUGAACUUCAGCAGACCCUCUUCUCCACACUGAUGAAUGUUUGUCAUCAACUUCUACUUGUGCACCAUCACUUAGAUCACUUAGAUCGCUUAUCAAUUGGAAGUGUUAAGCUUUAGUCGUUGGAGUAAUUGGACUGGCUUUUAACAUUGGGAUACAACAUGGCUGCCGCAGCAACUUCGCACUGGGAUAGUGACUGACCCAGCAUCUGAUCACAAGAUUUAUCAGAAAUCGGGGCCUUAUGUCUCAGAUAUUACUGAACUUGUCAUUAGCAUUGAUUUGGUAUAUCUAUAUCUGAUACGUAAGUGAACAAAUUCCUAGAUAAUCUCACUCAGGGAUUGAUUCUGAUUCAACAUUCAGUGCGUGUGUCAUGCAGGGGAUCUGGGGACGUUCUAGAAACAAGCUGGCAACUCAUUAACAACUUAUUAAUGUCCCCCAUGACCCCUGCAGAAGUCAGAUAACCGGGUAUCACCUAACCACAUGUCUUUAUCAGAGAUCUAAUAGCAGCCACUGAGAUGAGCUCAUGUCUGUAGCCGCCCCGCGCCAGCGCUGUCGAGGCUGGCGGUCAUCUUCCUCGGCCAUGACCCGGCUGAUGUUGGGCCGGACCCUGGAGCGCAUCUGUAAAGGCGUCCUGCUGCUCUGCCUGCUUCACUUCCUCAUCAUGAUGAUACUCUACUUUGACGUCUACUCGCAGCGCUUCGACCUCUUCAGCCGCUUCAACAACGGCCGCAACGGAUCCAGGAAUAACGUCAGCGGGGCAGCAGGGAGCGGACACCAUUAUUACUAUUACAACCUUUCCAGGCCUAAUGCCACAUUAGCCAGCUACCUGGCCCCAGGGGAGCAGCUGGUGCCCACUGUGCAGCCUGAGACCAAUCAGACGCCUUUGCCCAAACCUCUGCCGCCCUGCCCCGAGAUCCCCCCCGGCCUCGUGGGCCGUUUGUUGAUCGAGUUCGGCUCCCAGAUGACGAUGGAACGAGUGCAGAAGGAAAACCCCAACGUGACGGAGGGGGGGCGCUACACGCCGCCUGACUGCCGGCCUAGAUGGAAGGUGGCCAUCAUCAUCCCGUUCCGUCACAGAGAAAACCACCUGAAGUACUGGCUCCACUACCUGCACCCCAUCCUCAGGCGGCAGAAGAUCGACUACGGCAUCUAUAUCAUCAACCAGUUGGGGGAGGAAACCUUCAACCGUGCCAAGUUGUUGAACGUUGGCUACACAGAGGCUAUGAAGGAUGGGGAGUACGAUUGCUUCAUCUUCAGUGACGUGGACCUGAUCCCGAUGGACGACCGCAACCUUUACCACUGCUACGACCAGCCCAGGCACUUCGCCAUCGCCAUGGACAAGUUCGGCUUCAGGCUGCCGUACGCCGGCUACUUUGGAGGAGUUUCAGGACUCAGUAAAAAACAGUUUCUGAAGAUAAACGGCUUCCCCAACGAGUACUGGGGCUGGGGGGGGGAGGACGACGACAUCUACAACAGGAUCACUCUGAAUGGGAUGAAGGUGUCCAGGCCAGACGUUCGCAUCGGCCGCUACAGAAUGAUUAAACACGAGAGAGACAAACACAACGAGCCGAACCCACAGAGGUUUAAUAAAAUCCAGAACACGAAGAACACGAUGAAGAAGGACGGGAUCAGCUCUCUGACCUACAGAGUGAUUCAGUUCAAGAGGUACGCUCUGUACACAAAUAUCUCUGUGGAGAUCGGCAAACCACCGCCCCGGCCUAUAAAGGGCUAGAGAGCAACAGACAGGAAGUCGACAUGCUUUGCCAGGAUGGAAAAAGAUGAGCAGAAGAGGGAAAUCAGGAGAUCACAUAUCCUAGACAUCUGGAAAGAUGCAGGAGUUAAAGGAGAGAGGGAAAAGUCCCAAGCACUUGAUGAUCUCUUUCUCCCUCUUUACUUUUUUUUUUGUUGUAAUUUGAGUUUGCCAUUUCUGUAACAAGGACCCAGGCUCUUUCCAACUGUUUUAAGCAGCCACUGGCUUCACAGCUCCUACCUUUGCCAAUCAGUGACUUCAGGAUUGAAAGAGUGUGGAGCAAAGCUUGAAUAUCAGUGGCCGACCAAAGGUUGGCUUCAAACUUGGAAGCUGAUACUUGGAGUCUUUCAUUUACCAAUCUUCUGAAAACUGGAGGUCGUCCAGCGGCAUAUCGACAGAGGACAUUGAAUUUUUCUGGGAGUUAAGAGAUGAGACAAUAACGGCAUUUGAAACUUUGGAAACUGUUUUGAAUUAUUCGCCUUCAUCGAGUGGAAAUUCUUGGAAUAUUUGACCAAGUUCAUAUAAACUGAAGGGAAAAUGUUUCUUUCAUGGAUACAAAGACAGAAAGGAGACGUGGUGUUUGCCGGAUUGGAAAUGUAAUAUCAGGAAUAAUGAACAUGGUGGACAAAAAAGCUUAAAAACAUUCUAUUUCCCAAGCAUUCACAGUGAUGGUCAAGAGAAUAACAUUAACACGAUAUGAAAACAUGCAGUGAUGCUCUUUAGACUUGUACAUGAAAGAUUGCCUAUCAACGAAAUCGGCUGACGCUCAUCUUUACAAAUGAUGGUAAUAGAUGAUUUCAUAUUAACAUCUUUGUCAGGGAGUUUUGAUCGAAGUACUUCAUCAAAUCCUCCGAUAUCAAUUAAUGAAUGUGUAUUGUGCCUGCAUCUACUGUGCUGGGACACGCUGAUCCAACAUGUUCGUCAGCAGCAACAAAACCCCCAGAACUCUCUUUUUGUUCUCUUUUUUAUAUACAUAUAUAUAUAUAUACUCAAACUUUGGAAGCAGAAACUGAACUUUUGAAGUAACUCAUGUGCUGGAUGCAAUGACGUGGAACCACCUUGGGAAAGUCAUCAAAUCAAGGAACCGAAGACAAGGCGGAGAUACACUGACAGCUCAGUCGUGAUUCUAAACCCAUGUUUGGCACAAAUUGGAGAUUAGGUUUCUGAAAGCUUUGUUUGUUUCCUUUCACCCCCUUGAAAAAGAAUAGAGAUUUAUUUUAGUAAUCUGGGCUUUAAAUGUACAUUUUUGUCUCUACACGGUGCAAACAGAUUGAGUUGCAUUAAUUAUCUCCAAGAUACUGAUUUGACUAAGUAGUCAUACAAAAAUCUGACAUUUACCACCUUUACUGGACAGCAAGGGGUUAAACUGAACCGCCAGAUUAGUAGUGGAAAAAGUGUUUUUUUAAUUUUUAAUUAUCUCAAUUCAAUCAAUCCAUUUACUAUCUGUGCUAUCAUUUUCUCUAAAUCUUUAAGAAAAAGAUGAUCAUAUCCGGAAAGAGGAAAUGUUAAGGCGAUAUUGUUCUGCUGGUGGAAAUGGUUAAUUUUAAGACAGUAAUGAGUUUGAGCAGUUUGACUGACAUCUCUAUUGCUGCUUCAGAUGUUAUCAUUACCAGCUGUCAGCUCUGUAUUCAAAUCUACUUUAUCUCACUUUUUCAUUAAUGAUAGCUACAUUUUCAUAACUUUCCUCAUGUGAAAAGUCCACAAACUAAAACUUAGAUCAUGACUUCCUCCAUCCGCUUUAUUGAAGCCUUUGACUGUCUCAUGUAUUGUACAUUACUCUUCUUCCCUCGUUUUAUUUUUCCUUGUCUCUACUGUUGACGCCUAAACACCAAACUGAUGCCUUCAGAAGUGAUCGAUACUAAAGGAGCAGGGACGGUUAUUUCUUAUUUAAAAGUUAUGAUUUGGGUACAAAAUUAAUCGAGGAAGAUAUGUGUUUUGAGAUGUAAUCGAGAAAUUAAACAAUAUUUGUUUCAGUUUUGUACAUUUUUAAAUAUUUUCACCCAUCGAAAAUGGUUAAACAGGCUGAAGAUUAAGCAACGCGGCACCUGUUUGAAUUAGGUAUCAUUCAGGACAAAUUGGGGCUUUUAUUUUGGUAAAAAUAAUGUACAGUAUAGCCUCCCCUCCCCAGCCUCGAGACAAUGAUAAUGCUCCCUGCUGAUUGGCUCUCCGUUAUCUUCGCUGAAAGCCUGUUGGACGGUUUGAUUACUCCUCUCUCUGCCUCUCACACCCAAAAUGCAUUCACACAGUCUUCCCUUUUUUCUUUGCAUUAUCUCGCCUUUCAUUGCCUUUUCUUUCUUUCUCUGCCAGUCCAGGCUGUGUGUGUCAAUGGCACUUUGUUGUGCUUUGUGGAGGGCCCACUUCAGGCACAGCUGUGUCUCACAAGGGUGCUUCUUCUUUCAAUAGCUAU